AUUGAGGUCGAGACAAUACGGCAUCAGCUGUCACUUUUUAAAUAGUUUUGAUGUAUCAUUUUGUAAUUUAAAACGUGACAUUAAAAGAUGAUGUCGGAAAGAGAUUAUGCGCCGCUUAGUUCUGCUUGUGUACGUUCUCUUAACGACAAACUUUAUGAGAAACGAAAAGCAGCUGCAUUGGAAGUAGAAAAAAUGGUAAAAGAAUUUGCUGCACACAAUAAUACUGUUCAAAUCAAACGAUUAUUAAAAGUAUUAGGUCAAGAUCUUGCUACUUCACAGAAUCCACACACACGAAAAGGUGGUUUGAUAGGUUUAGCAGCAAUAGCAGUAGGACUGGGAAAAGAUACUGGUCAAUAUGUAGAAGACUUAAUUCAUCCUAUUCUAGCUUGUUUUUGUGAUUCAGAUUUGCGUGUAAGAUAUUAUGCUUGUGAAAGUUUAUAUAAUGUAGUAAAAGUAGCAAGGGGUGCUGUAUUACCACAGUUUACAGAUAUUUUUGCAGCACUUAGUAAAUUAGCAUGUGAUUCAGAACAAAAUGUAAAAAAUGCUACUGAGUUGCUUGACAGGCUUAUGAAGGAUAUUGUAACAGAGAGUGGUUUGUUUGAUUUAGUUGGAUUCAUGCCUUUAUUACGAGAACGCAUUUAUACCAAAAAUCCAUUUGGUAGGCAAUUUGUAAUAGCAUGGGUAUCUGUCUUAGAUGCUGUUCCUAACAUGGAUUUUAUCAUAUUUUUACCUGAAAUUCUUGAUGGUUUAUUUAGAAUAUUAGAAGAUCACACACCAGAAAUUAAGAAAGUUACAGACACAGCUCUUGGUGAAUUUUUAAGAAGUAUAAAGUCUAAUCCUGCAAGAGUAGAUUUUCCAGGAAUGAUAAAUAUCUUAAUUACACAUGCACAAAGUACAGAUGAAUUAUUACAAUUAACAGCAAUUACAUGGAUCAAGGAAUUUGUACAUUUAUCAGGUCCUCUUAUGCUUCCUUAUAUGUCUGGAAUUCUUCUAGCAGUAUUGCCCUGCUUAGCAUAUGAUGGAGAUUCUAGAAAAAGUAUUAAGGAAACUGCAACACAAGUGAAUUUAAACUUGAUGAAAUUGAUAACUAUGGAAAAUACACAGCUUGUAAAUAAUGUUGGUGAAUUUGAUGUUCAAACUCAGAAGGAUUCUAGUCAAAAUUGUUCCUUAGCUGAACUCUUAGAUUUAUCUAGUGUUGUUGAAGUGUUAACAAAGCACUUAAUGUAUAUGUCAGUCCAAACAAAAGUUGCUGUUUUGAAGUGGAUUCAUCACUUAUUCACAAACAUUCCACAUAAAAUGUUUAAUCAUAUUGAAAAUUUGUUCCCAAUUCUAAUGAAGUCUUUAAGUGAUAAUUCAAAUGAAGUGGUACAACAAACAUUAGUUGUAAUGGCUGAAAUAAUUAGUUCAAAAUCACCUGAAGCAGCUACUACAGAUUCAAAUGCAGAAAUGCAAAAUAAAUAUUUCACAAAAUUUAUUGUAAAUUUAUUAAAACUAUUUUCUACUGACAGAAAUUUACUAGAGGAAAGAGGAGCUUUUAUUAUUAGAGAAUUAUGUGUUUUAUUGAGUGCUGAAGACAUUUAUAAGACAUUAGCAAAAAUAUUGUUGGAAGAACCAAAUUUAAGUUUUGCAUGUAAAAUGAUACAAACUUUAAAUGUCAUACUUUUAACAAGUUCAGAGUUAUUUGAUUUGCGAAAUAAACUUAAAGAUUUAGAUUCUUUAGAAAGUUGCGAAUUAUUCAAAUGUUUAUAUGUAUCCUGGUGUCACAAUCCUGUUGCAACUGUAGCACUAUGCCUUUUAUCACAACAUUAUGGACAUGCUUGUAACAUUAUUCGAUCAUUUGAAAAUAUAGAAGUUACUGUAGAGUUCCUCAUAGAAAUAGACAAAUUGGUACAAUUAAUUGAAUCUCCAAUAUUUACCUAUUUGAGAUUACAACUCCUAGAAAGAGAAGAAAAUGAUGCGUUAGUGUACGCGCUUUACGGUUUGCUCAUGAUUCUUCCUCAAAGUGAAGCAUAUGCAACUUUACAAAGACGUUUAGCAGCUGUUCCACCAACAACAAAGUCGAUACCAAAAACAGUAUCAAAUCCAAAACCUUUUAAAGAUACGUUUGAUUUCCCUGAAUUAUUGAAACAUUUCCAUACCAUUCAAGAACGGCAUAAAGAACAAAAAAGGAACCAGCGAUUAACAAGUAUAAUAGAAAAAAAUACAAAUCAUAUGGAUAUGUAA